UCGCAACACAUCUCACACAGUUUCCCUAUCUCGCACACACAGAGCACUCCAGCUCGGCAGACUGGCUACUGAUGAUCAGAUAGUAUCAUCAAUAUGUCAGGCCGAAGUGAGCCCGUCAGCACGGGGGAUAAUUUACUACAAGCACCUGCACAGGAUCCUGGCUUACAAAGAUUGAAACAGUUUUCACCUGUGCAUACACGCAAACUGGGAUGGACGAGGAAAGUGAAAGAAAGAAGGGAUUUCAAAGAAGAUGAAAAUCCCGAGGAGAAGGCAAGGAGACACAAGGAGAUGGAGUUGAAACCUCUAUAUAAGGAGCUGCUGUACACCAUAGCGCAUAAGAUGGGGAAACCGUCAAUACCAGAGCACUUCACAGACAAUCAACUUCGCCAGUACAUAAAGGAGGCUUUCAAUAUGACAGAGUCAGAGCACAACACGCUGAUGGAGAAGGUUCAGGGCACAGAGCCACCAGUAUACUGUCUGAUGGCAACUGUGAAAGAGGCCAAAGGAAUUCUGGGAAAAGACGUCAGUGGCUUUAGCGACCCAUACUGCCUGCUGACCAUACUGGAGGACGAAGAGGAGAGUCGGACACGCCGGCACAGAGCCAAACCCUCUAAGUCUGUUGUAAAGGACGCCGCAUCGGAUGACAGGAUCUACCAGUCCGACAUAAAGAAGCAGACCCUCAAUCCCAUCUGGAACCAAACCUUCGUAUUAGAGUUCGGAGACAUCGCCAGCGCCAGCUUCCACCUUGAGAUGUGGGACAAGGACGAAGAGGUGUCCCUCACUCAGAAACUAGAGGAGAUUAAAACCAACUUCAACAGUUUAAGAAGGAUGAUCAAGGAGGCCAAAAAGGAAAAAGGCACAGAUGACUUUUUGGGGAAUGUUGUCUUAAAACUCCAGGACCUCCACUGCACUGAAGACCACUGGUAUAAUCUAGAGCCCAGGACGGAGACAUACCCAGACCGAGGCCAGUGCCACCUCAACCUCAAGUUCAUCCAUAAAGCGAGAGACGGGACGCUGAGCGCUGGUCGAAAUGCUUACAUCAACUACUGUGGGAUUCUGCAGCAGUUUGUUCAGGCCUACAUCUCCAAACAGCAGAGCUCUGCUCCGUGGAAAGGGGCGUUGUGUGGCGAGGCUCAGACUCUGCUCGAGCACUACGCAACACAGAACGACCUCUCGCCUUUUCUGCAGGACCUGGCUAAGUGGGUGGCUUACAGUAAGCUGUACCAGAGUUUAGAGGUGGACUCGUCUGUGCUGUUCCAGCAGCUCACCAGUAUAGAAUACCACUGGCAUCAGCAGGAGCUGCCCCACCAACAGAAACAGGAACUUGGGGACUCUCUUCAUGGUUUCCUGCAGUACGGCCUGUGUCUGGUGGCCAAAUACAGAGACAUCUUCCCCCCGACUCCCAGUGCCUCUCCAAAACUACACACACUGCUCAGGAUCUUGGUCCAGAUCUGUAAGACUCAGGCGUUUCAGAAGCUGAACCCGGCUCACUUUGAGCUUCAUGAAGAGGUCACCGAUGCCAUACAGACAGGUACACAGGAGUGGUUUACUAUCAAAAAGGGUUUACAUCAGCCAAUGACUAAGGACCUGUCAGAGAUUGGGAGCGCCCUCUCCAAGUUGAUUAGGGAGGUGCAGGAGGACAUAAAACACAACAAGGACGUGUGGAAUAGAGUGUUUGUCAGUGCUGUCCAAGUCGAUGUGUUCACUGUCGUCUAUCAGAGGUUUGAUGCUCUGCUCGCUGGAGAAGUGAGGGACACGCUGACGCUGAUGGAGGGUCAGAUGGAGCAGCUUCUAGCCAACAACCUCUUCCCCAUUUAUCUGAGCUUGCAGGCAAUCCACAAAGACAAGGCUUUCUUACAGAAAAGGGGAUUACUUCAGCUGACUAAUUUUCACGAGGGUUUCAGAGACGCUCUUCCUUACUGGCUGAACCAGGCGUUCACCACCACUCAGGACAGGGUGGAGAGGGCUGUGCAGGUGGACCAGCUCCAGCCUCUGCAGACUGGCAGCGUGCCCAUAAAACACAGCUCCUCAGCAGUGGACUUGGUUGCGUGCAUCCAGCCUAUCUGCCAGCUAUGGGAGCAGCUGUCCUGGCCCGACCCUGAGGAGGCCUUCAUGCUCAUGGUCAAACUCACAGAGGAUGUGUGUAAGAUCGUGGUGAACUAUUGUCAGUCCCUGAAGGACAGAGUCAGGGUGCUGUCUGAGAACUCUGACCACGGCAGCGCCAUCAACAUGCUGUGUGUGGUAGUGAACGACCUGGAGCACUUGAGGUCGGUGCUGACGCGGCUUCCUACGCAGCUGAACUGGACGGGGCUUCGAGAUCGGACUCAGAACGUGAUCGGGGAAAGCCAGUUCAACAACACGCUGCACUCGCAGCUUCAGCAAGCGCAGAGCAUCCUCAGCCGAGAGAUCCGAUCGGCUUUAGACACUCUUGGGAAGAAGUUGAACACAGACAUUGAGACUCACGUCAGAAACAUGUCAACCAGGCGCAGGAUUCCCUCCAAGUCCACAGAGGACGCUGCAGACCCUCUCAUGCGUUAUCUAGAGCGAGAGCUGCAGUAUAUGAAUGAGAACUUGGUCCAGGAGAACUUCAACAGCCUCUUGACUCCUUUGUGGAACAACUCAGUGAAAAUCCUCUACCAGGUGGCUACUCAGCAUCCGCUGCAAGAAGGGCUCAUGGUGUUCUGCCAGAGACUUCUGUAUACACUGCAGUGUCUAGAGCAGUGUUUCCACGGCGAGGGGAACGGACUUCCUCUGAAAACUCUCCACUCUGACGACUACAAGUCUCUUAAAGCUCACCUCACUCACAACUCCCUGAGCUGCCAGCAGCUGGUGGAGAAGUUCCUCGAGAGGAAAAUGUGGGAGCAGAAAGUGUACAGUGGGGAGAAGUAUGGCGCAGUCACCCUCCUCGCGUCCUACAGGAGGUCAGACCAAAGACUCCGAGUCGAGGUGCUGAACGCAGUCAACCUCUUACCAAUGGACUAUAAUGGUUCCAGUGACCCGUUCGUGCAGCUCUGCCUGGAGCCUAACCACAUCUUUCCCGAGGUAGAGCCUCGCUGCACUCAAAUCAAACGCUGUGAUCUCAAUCCCCUUUUUGAAGAGUCCUUUGAUUUUCUGGUUUCCCUGGACCAGUGCCAGGCUCAAGCGGCUUGCCUGGUGAUCACGGUCCUGGACCACGACAAUUUGAGGCCAGAUGACUUUGAAGGCGAGGCCUUCCUGGCCCUCAAAGACAUACCGGGGGUUCCUGGAGAACGGAAAGGAGACGGACUCAGCCUGCAGCCAGAUGUCGUACCUGCUCAGAUACGCCUGCCUCUGAUGCAUCCUAAACCUAAUGACGACAGCAUCCUGAAGCUACUGGAGUCCAGGAAAGGAGAGCGGGAGGCGCAGGCUUUUGUGAAGAAGCGAAGACAGAGAGAGAAACAGUCCCAGGAGGCCAUCCAGCCACAAUGAAACACACGCAAACAAGUUCUUCCUCCAAAAAUAUACAAUUUGUUUUAAUGAUCUGUACCAAAAACAAAGAAAAAAAAAUCCACUCAGAAGGAAACACUGGUGUUGCAUGAGUUGUGUGUGGACAGUAUGCCGAGAAUGGGUUUACCAAAGACCAUCACAGUGAUCGUGACCACUUCCACACCUGCAUUCAAACCUCACACAGCUUCACAUAUCCGUAUGCUUCCUGAUGCUUUGUCUAAUCAGUGCAAGAGAUAAGUACGGCAUCACUUAACCAUGUGUGUAUACAUAUAUAUAUUUAUAUAUAUAUCAGACUACAUUUGACACACCGUCAAUGUCAAAGAUUACUACAAAUGUAAAAAUUUUGGCAGAGAAACCUGUCGCACAUUGAUUUUAAUUAACAAUUGCAAAAAGAGUCGCAAAAAUAUGUAUGUUCGAGCUAACAUGAAAAACGAUUAAAAAAAAAAUGAAAUUUCAAAGACUACACAAGUUGACUUAGUACAUUUGCCUCGACUGUGUUGACGUGCUUCCCUCUUCCAGUUUUACGUAGAAGAAUAUUCGAGCAAACCUGAGUGUUUUAAACAGAGGCCGUCUGUUGUACAUUACAAAUAUAACUAACUCUUUUCUUAAAAUAUUUCUGUUGCUGCUCAACAGAAAUGAACCAUUUUCGUUUUCCUUUACUGAAAGAAAACUGUGGAAAAAAAAAAAUAAAAAAUCGAACAAAUUCAUUAUUGUCUAGAUAAGUGCUACCAGUGACGGCCUCCCGCUGCCUGUAGCAACGUGGGGAUCGUUGUGUGGAUGGAACGUCGUAUGCCCUUUAAGUGUUUUCAGUCACACCUGUAGAUUUUUGUUAAGAUGGCUCAACGCCAUCAACAAUAAAACCUCAAAUGCU